CUUACAUUUAAUGCUUGCAUACUGGCAGUCAUCGGAAGGUUUGGGGCAGUUGUGACUACCGGUAACCAAGUUUCGGUGGCCACUGCCAAACAUUGUCCUUUACUAUCAGUGAAGGAUCUUGACUAUUACAUAUAUAUUGUACAAGUUGCAUCUAUUGCGCAAGAAACAUGGCGGAGGAGUUGGAGCGCCUCCGGGAUACCAUCAAUCAACACCUUCGGCGUGCCGACUACGAAGGAGCAGGCGUUGUCAUUGCGAAGGCGGUGCCACUUUUACUGCAGUUUAGCGUAGAUGAGUGGAUGGACGUCGCUGACGAUGUAGCCUGCGACACGCCUGGUGAGGCCGCUGCUAUGCCCUCAGACACCGCCAACGCGUCUGCGCAGGAGCCAAAAAGCAACUCAGGUGGACAGGAAGACCCGCAAAAGGAGGUCGACGGCGAUUCUGACAGUAGCGGCAGCAGCAGCUCCAGCGAUGAGGAUGGCGACGCUGACGCCGACGACGACAACGAAGACGGUGAUGAGCACCUCAUAACCUCAUACCGCUACCGCUCCACGCUGCACCACCCACGCAACCCCCGGCUCGAGCACCUCUGCACCUGGCUGUACGACACUGUCGUGCAUCCCAGCACGGGCGAGGAGCCCGAGGAGCAGGCCUGCCAGAAGCUCCCGGCCGCCAUCCUAGCAGCCUGGCGACGCCUGCAGCAGCAGCAACAACAAAAGCUACUCCAAAACCAGCAGCAGCAGCAGGACCAGAAGGACCCUCAGCCCUCUGAACCCCAGACGGGGAACCCGGAGCAGCAGCAGGAGCCCGGCAAGGCUCUCGAAGGCAGCGCCGCCGCUUCCGAGGAGCCGGUGCCCCCGCCGCUGCCGCCCACGGAGGCCCUGCACCUGCAGCACAGCGCCUUCUCCGCGCCCUUCUGCACCUGGCGCCACGUGGCCCCCGACACGCUGCCGCCGCUGCACGACGUGCUGGUGGGCGUGCUGCGGGUGUGCUGGGAGCGGCACGAGGACCGGGAGCCCUCCAGAAAUAUCAUCUGGGGCGCGCAGAGCCACUCCAGGCGCGACGACCCGGUGACCGCCUACCUGUACGUGGAGUACCUGCGGCUGCUGCUGGCCGCCAUCGUGCGCAGCAGGGCGGAGCCGCUGUGGCUGUGGCACGAGCUGCAGGAGGUGAUCGAGGAGUACCCCCACUGGCGCCACCACCCCCACGAGGUGGCGGUGCUGGCUCGCAUGAUGGUGGAGCACGGUUGCGGCUGGCGGCUGCUGAACAGCCUGCUGGAACACGUGGGCAAGGCCCCGCUGCUGAUGUACGGCACCUGGGCUGCGCUGUGGGACGCGUUGCGGCGGCCCGAGGCGCGCGCGUGUGCGCGGCUGGCCACCCAGCACGGCGUGGCGGCGGAUGCUGUGUGGGCGCAUGUGGCGGAACUGACGUUGCUGCAGGUGAAGGAGCACCCGCGGGACUCCCGGCUGCUGGCUCGUGCCGUGGCGGUGCUCAGCCGCGUGCUGCACAUGACCCCCGCGCCGGAGGAGCUGGCGGCCAGCUUGAGGGUGGAGCGGGACGCGCCGGCGGCGUGUGAGGGCGUGCGGGCGGUGACCAGCCAGCUGCGCCUGGGGGAUUGAGGUGACCCAGAUGGGGGGACAGGGCUGGGGCAGCUGAAUACGGGGGCCGGGGGCGGGGGGGACAAGCAGGGGGAAGCGGUGAGCGAGCUAGCCGUAGGAGGUGCGGGUGCUGCUAUGGAUGCGCACAUGUGCUGCUUCGGGCGGAGGUCAGCUUCUGGGCUGGGACCCCGGGGAAGCACACCUUGUUGGUGGUGAAGGGGCUCGGGGUUCCUCUUGAUGGCCGGUAUCGCUGCACAGCCGGGGUGCACAGCGGACAUGUCAAGCGACGAAGAGGAGUGGGCUGAGGGGCCGGCCUCUCCUGGGCUAUCAUCAGGCUUCCCAGCACUCCAGUGGGAACCCUGUGGUGGGCAGUGGGGGGGAAGAAUUUACAUACCUGCAUGUGUAUGGGCAGCAUGUCAUCGCGCCGCGAUGCAAAACAGUACCCCGUACGCUGUGAGCUUUAGGCGACUGGCAUGACUGCGCACCGCGGGAGCAAGAAGAGUUUUUACCGGUAUGUGUAGUUCUUGUUGAGGCAAAAGGUGGCGGCCGUACGGCUGUUACGGGCGUGGCUGCGGCGUCUUCCGUUGGGUGUGUAUUGCGAUACGGACUUCUGUGGGCGUUGCUGCGUACCUGGUGCAAGGCUGCGUGCUAGUUCAACACCCUUGCGUAUGCUUAAUGGGGUUAAGUACGCUGUCUGUGGCCUAGGCCCUGCUAAUGCUUAGCCGAGCUCGCUACUUUUCUCCUAACGGUAGCGACGUGCGUGCGUGGGGCAUGCUUUACCUUCAAUAAACAUGGUGCGUUGUGAGCAGCUCCUUUUGCGGGCCUUACAUGUCUGGACCACUCCCAUGGUGUUUUCUAAACCCUAAAGGAUAGUCUCGGGGGUCUGUCUGAAAGUUGCUGGAAGUACGAAGAUUGCCUGUAUGUGUUAUUGUGCUUAACAACCGUUGUGAACGUUAUGGUGUGUUUAAGGAAUCUUGCAUGCUUACAAAGCCCACAUCCGGGGCGGCACUUAUCGUGGAAUCGUUUGUGGGUUGGUGGAUACGGAGGCUUUUGCCAGGCCGGUGCCUCAGGGCCACGAGUCGCAUCCAAUAGAGCGGCAGAGGACGGUGUAACACUAUGACUGACAGCACCGAUAGCUGGUGACAAGCCGGAAAGGCGAGGGAGGGCGUGCAGGAAAAGCGAGGCUAGUGGAUUGUUUGGCCCUGUCGUGUGGGGCGUGUAAGGGGGGCGCCU